UGGCGUCGACCAGCAUAAAAACUCGACGAGCUUAGCUCUGGUGCACAUGUACCGAGACGUACACCGGAAAAACAAAGACCACGGCGCGCGAGCUGGUAGUAUCAUGAUGAGAGCGCUCGCAAUCCUCCUAGUGAUCACCACUGCGGCGACCUUGCCUCGCGUUGCGCUCGCGGCAAGCGAUGAUCGGCGCCGGACGAGCAUCCUGUGGCGCCGCGGGUCCAUCGCCGUGGGGGACGACGCCCUGGUGUCCCCGAGCGGCGACUUCUCGUGCGGCUUCCACCCCGUCGCCACCAACGCCUACGUGUUCGCCGUCUGGUUCACCGCCUCGGCCGAUCCGCGCACCCUCGCGUGGGCCGCCAACCGCGACGCCCCCGUGAACGGCAUGGGCUCCCGCGCCGAGCUUCUCGUGGACGGGACCCUGGUGCUGCGGGACUUCGACGGCCUGGCCACGUGGAGCACCAACACCAGCGGCACCGGCGCCGAUCGUGCGCAGCUGCUCGACACCGGCAACCUCGUCGUGUCCGACGCCACCGGCCGCACCCUGUGGCAGAGCUUCGACUGGCCCACCGACACGCUCCUCCCCGGGCAACUCAUCACGCGGCGCGCGCGCCUCGUGUCGGCAAAGGCGAGGGGCUCCACGUCCUCCGGCUACUUCAGCUUCUACUUCGACAAUUUCAACAUCCUCAACCUCGUCUACGACGGCCCGGAGAUCAACAUGAACUACUGGCCGGACCCCUUCAAAACGUGGGUGGAAAACAAGCGGACGGCCUUCAACAGCAGCCGACUCGGCCGCCUCGACGACCGUGGCCGCUUCUCGGCGACCGACAAUCUGCGGUUCGCCGCCUCCGACAUGGGCGCCGCCGGGCACGUCAUGCGGCGACUGACGCUGGACUACGACGGGAACCUCCGGGUGUACAGCCUCGACGUCGCCGGCGGCGGGGUCUGGCGCGCCACGUGGGCGGCGCUCUCGCGGCAGUGCAGCGUGCACGGGAUCUGCGGCCGGUACGGCGUGUGCGCAUACGGGCUGGCCGGGCCGGCUUGCGCGUGCCCCGAGGGGUUCGAGCCCAGCGACCCCGGCGACUGGAGCAAAGGCUGCCGGCGCUUGUUCGACAUCCAGUGCGGCGAGGACGUGUUCUUCGCCGAGCUGGCGAACGUGGACUACUGGGGGUUCGACAAAAAAUUCCGUCAGAAGGCCACCAUCGAUGAGUGCCGGCAGCUGUGCAUCGACGACUGCAGAUGCGAGGCGUUCGCCUACAAGAAGGGGGGAGGCGGCUUCUGCUACACGAAGGUCUCUCUGUGGAACGGUCGGAGCUCGGACCCCAUUCAGUUCAUGUACUUCAAGGUCCCUACACGCGUCGAGAAGAAGCUCAACCUGUCGUCCGUGUUGCGCUUGCGCUUCGACGGCCAUGACUGCAGCACCACGCAAGAACGAAACGCCAGCGUCGGCUACUCGCCCUCCCGUCACCUGAAGAACUACAACGGCAGCAAGAUAAAGUUCGUCUACCUGUACAGCUUCCUCGGGGGAUUGUUCGUCGUGGAAGCCGUCGUCAUCAUCGCCGGCUACCUGUUCGUCUUCCGGGCCGACCCGGCCGCGGUCCAACGCGUCCACGACGAUGGCUACACCUUGGCGAUGAGCCACUUCAGGAAGUUCACGUACGACGAACUGUCCAGCGCUACCUGCAAUUUUGGUGAGGAGCUCGGGAGGGGCGCUUCGGGGGCGGUGUACAAGGGCGUCUUGGACGACGGCCGGGACGUGGCCGUGUCGCGGCUGGUGGAGGUGACGACGCCGCAGGCCGAGGAGGUGUUCCGGUCGGAGCUGAGCGUCAUCGGGCGGAUCAACCACAUGAACCUGGUCCGGAUAUGGGGCUUCUUCUCCGAGCGCUCGCACAGGCUCCUCGUCUCCGAGUACGUCGAGAACGGCUCGCUGGCCAAGGCCCUCUUCGGCGGCGAGCCCGCCCUGGGGUGGCCGUCGAGGUACAAGAUCGCCGUCGGCGUCGCCAAGGGGCUGGCCUACCUGCACCACGAGUGCCUCGAGUGGAUCCUGCACUGCGACAUGAAGCCGGAGAACGUUCUGCUGGACGCCGACCUGGAGCCCAAGAUCACCGGCUUCGGCCUGGUGAAGCUGCUGAGCCGGGAAGACGACGCGUGCGGCAAGGCGCCGUCCCCUGUCCAGCUGGGAACGAGGGGGCACGUGGCGCCGGAGUGGGCGCUGAGCCUCCCGAUCACCGGGAAGGCCGACGUGUACAGCUUCGGCGUCGUGCUCCUCGAGCUGCUCCGUGGGCAGAGGGUCAGCGAAUGGGCGGCGGUGGAGGGCGUGCCCGGAGGUGAUCAGCAGGCACGCGUGAACCUACAGGAGAUCGUAGCGUGGUUCCAGGACCAGACGCUGGAAUGCCAAGGUGACCGGUCGGCGCCGUGGCUGGAGGAGUUCGUGGAUGCACGGUUGCUCGGCGACUUCAACCGCUUGCAGGCGGCGGUGAUGCUGGAGGUGGCUGGCUCGUGCGUGGAGGAUGAUCCCAGCAGGAGGCCGAACAUGAACGCCGUUGCGCAGAAGCUUCUCUCGGCGCAGGAUGUAGUAGGCUCGGUGUCCCUGCGCCGUGUGUGUCCGGUUCCUUCCCAAGGCAUCAGUAGUCUGCACUUCGUCUGAAUCUCUUGCGAUCAGUAAUCUGCCAACGAGAAGUUUGGCAAUGUUGCUACUACAAAGGUGUACUCCGUGGUAAGUGAGAUGGAUCGGAGGGGAUACUGUUUUAGGCUGGGCAUGUAGGAGUAACUUAGAUUUAGCACUUUAGCUACAUGUCAGCUGACUGGGUUUUAACUUUUGGGUCAGUUGACUUUUUUAAUCAUUGAUUGCUGCUCCAAGAUGCGUGCUAGUUAUUUCUUUUCUGUUGUGUGUGCUGUCCUAUAUUGGCCCGGACGUUUUUUGAUUGAUUCCUAUUUUGGGUCGGUCGAUUUCUUGUUGGGCUAAGCCUGUUAAGUGUUUUCAUAUUAGGCUGUUUGUGUGUGUUUUUGCUUCUGUUUUUUGUCUGUUUUUCUGGGUAUAUUUUGGAUGUUGGGUGAACAAAAUAUAUACACGUAAGUAAUUUAUAAUACGUGUAUAAAUUGUAAUUGUGUGAAAAAUGCACUAUUAUGUGCUUAUGUCUUGCUACUAAAAUAGCGCAGUUUCACUAUAAUUGUAUUUUAUGUGAAAAUUCCACUACAAUAUGCAUAUUCUUGCAUAUUAUUGAAAGCGCAAUUUUGUAUAUAUAUUGUGUGUAAAUUUUGUUACUGUUUGAUUAUUUUAUAAUUUCUUUCUUCUUAAAGGGUAAUAUCAAUGCAACUAAUUCAUUCUUACUUAGAAAACUUCAUUAUCUUGAUUUUGUUUUAGUAGUUAUUUCAUAUAUUUUUUGAAGGGUAAUUCCAAAAUCACAAAUUCAUUUUUUCUUACAAAACUUCAUUAUUUUUUUGAUUUAGUGUUUGUUUCAUUUUCCUUUCUAAUGGUAAUACCAAUGUCACUAAUUUAUUCUUUCUUAGAAA